AAGCAGUGCGUCCUGCCGUUGUCACCCUGACGUGACUGGGGGUUAUAAUCCAGCUCCUCGGUGCGGACCAGCACAAGACCAGACCAGGACGAGGACCAGACAGCAGACAUGGCCGGACGGGACCGGGUCGUUCACCUGCUCAGGCAGCUCGAGCGCGCGGCGUGCAGAUGUCCCGCUCACUCCAACACCUUCCAUCAAGGUGCCGGAGCCGCAACCUGCACCGUCCGGAAGACCGACUACGCCUUCGAGAUGGCGAGUUCCAACAUCAGAUAUGGGGAAGGAGUCAGCAGAGAGAUCGGCAUGGACCUGCAGAACCUUGGAGCUCGGAACGUCUGUCUGAUGACGGACAAGAACCUGUCUGUCCUCCCGCCCGUGAAGGCCGUCCUGGAGUCUCUGAGCCAGAACGGAGUGAACUACAAAGUGUACGAUGACGUGAGGGUGGAGCCUACUGACAGCAGUUUUAAAGACGCCAUUGCGUUCUCUAAGAACAACUCAUUCGAUGUGUUCGUGGCGGUGGGCGGCGGCUCUGUGAUUGACACCUGUAAAGCAGCCAACCUGUACGCGUGCCACCCCGAUGCCGACUUCCUGGACUUCGUCAACGCGCCGAUCGGCAAAGGGAAGCCGGUCACUGGAGCGCUGAAGCCGCUCAUCGCAGUUCCUACGACUGCGGGAACCGGCAGCGAGACCACCGGAGUCGCCAUCUUCGACUUUGAGCCUCUGAAAGCCAAAACGGGUAUCGCCAGCAGAGCCCUCAGACCGACGCUGGGCAUCGUGGACCCACUGCACACACUGAGCAUGCCCGAGAGAGUCGCCGCCAACAGCGGCUUCGACGUGCUCUGUCACGCUCUGGAGUCGUACACCGCUCUGCCCUACAACCAGCGGAGCCCCUGCCCCCCCAACCCCAUCAACCGCCCCGCAUACCAGGGCAGCAACCCCAUCAGCGACGUUUGGUCCCGCCACGCCCUCAACGUGGUCGCCAAGUUCAUGAAACGAGCGGUGCGGGACCCUGAGGAUCUGGAGGCCCGGUCCAGCAUGCACCUGGCCAGCGUGUUUGCCGGCAUCGGCUUCGGAAACGCUGGAGUUCAUCUGUGCCACGGGAUGUCGUAUCCGAUCGCUGGGAACGUGAAGACUCACUCAGCGAAGGGUUACAGUGUGGAUCACGCCCUGGUGCCUCAUGGUCUCUCAGUCGUCCUCACGUCUCCGGCUGUCUUCAACUUCACAGCCCCGAUGUGUCCAGAGCGCCACCUGGAGGCUGCAGAGAUCCUCGGUGCAGACGUGCGGCGGGUGAAGAGGGAGGAUGCCGGUGGCGUUCUGGCCGACACGCUGCGUCAGUUCCUGUUGGAGCUGCAGGUGGAGGACGGACUGGGAGCUCUGGGAUACAGUAAGGACGACAUCCCCGCUCUGGUCAGAGGAACCAUCCCUCAGGAGCGAGUGACCAAACUGUCUCCCAGAGAACACACUGAGGAAGAUCUGAGCGAGCUCUUCGCUGCCUCCAUGAAGCUCUACUGAACACACACACACACUGUAACACACACUCUCAGGUCCGCUGUGUGAUGAGCUGCAGUUCUUCUAACAGCCACUAGAUGUCGUUGUUUCUCACCAGUGCCUUUUUAUUGACUAUUGAUUUUAUAUUUACAUACAAAUAAAUAAAAUAAAUAAAAUACAUAUUUACAUGUUAA